AUGAAAGACACUCUCUCCAACUUGAACAUUUUGGUUGAACCACCGGCUGCCAAGGAGAGUUGGGCCCACGGACUUGUAGAACGUGCUAUACAAGAAGUCAAGGAUGUGGCCUCGAAAAUUUUCCUCUCCAACAAAGAUUUGUCGCCACAGAUUGUGUUUUCUUUGGCAACCUAUGCCCUGAACUCAACAGAAUUUGUACAGGGAUUUACUCCUGUGCAGUGGGUCUAUGGUCGUCAAGAAACUCUGACUGAAGAAGAUGAGCGUAGUUUGCAACAUGCCAAUGCUGAGAGUCCACAGCGUGACUUCACAAGUCUUCUUCAACGGCGUCAAUUUGCCGAGGAUGUUGCCCGAAAGGUCAAGGCUCAGCGCACUCUGACCAAACUCAACAACUCGAAGGUGCGACAGCCACUUCAAGUUUUUCAUCCUAUGGAUUUGGUGAAGAUUUGGCGAAAACAGGGCUUAGACAAAGGUCCACGGGGAGGUAUGAAAAAGGCAAGCCGCUCUCAAUGGCUUGGUCCUGGUCGUGUAGUUUUUCAUGAAAUUUUGCAUGAUCAGUAUGCCGAAGAUUCUCGUCGUCAUAUCGUGUGGGUGAUUGUUGCAGGUACCAUGCAUCGCUGUAGUGUUCACAGUGUUAGGCGUGUUACAACACAGGAAAAACUGGAAUAUGAACUUCACAGUCCUGAAAAAUCUGACACUUGGAAAAGUUUGAGCGACAUGUUACCCAAGAGAUCUUUCAUUGACAUGGCUGACGAUGAACCUGGUGAUGAUGAAGAAGAAAGACCUUUCCUUCCCGAUGAACCUGAUCCUAGCACUCAGUUGCCACGUUUUCGGCACAGUUUCAAAAGUCCUCCAGAUCUAGGUGAUACUGCAGUGGAAAUUCCAUCAAAUUUGAGGUAUGUGAAAGUUCACUCAACCGUUCCUUCAGUUCUUGAUGCUGAACCUUUGCCAGCCAACGAUUAUUCUCCAUCUUUUGCAAGCUCUCCUGAUCCUCUGGAUGAAGUUGGUAAUGAUCGUGGUAGUGGUCUUGGUAGUGGUAUUCCUUCUGGUGAGGCGAAGUCUUCUAGCUCUCGCCAUGCGCUUUUGGAUGAUGGCGCCACCACUGAGCCUGAGAGUAAGAAGCCUCGCACGGAUGCUGGUUCAGCGGUGCGUCGUUGUGAAAAUGCACUAGAAGAGCAAGAAGCUCGUUCCAGUGGUAGACUCAUGAGGUGCAGGUGGGUGCUGACUUGGAAGCACACACCAGCAGAAUCUCUACAGGAAUCCCAACAAGAACUUCGAGAAAAACCAGAGAGCACCACUUUGACCAAAGAUGCCUCGAAGAAAGCUAAGGCGAGGAUUGUGUUGCUCGGUUUUGAGCACCCUGAUUUGUUGUCUGAGGAUUACAAAACAGCCUCUCCUGUUCAAUCGGUUCUCACGCGAAAUUUGAGCUAUCAAUUGGUCAUGCAGAAUGAUUGGGAUAUAGAAGGAAUAGAUAUGAGCACUGCUUUUCUUCAAACAUUGCCUUCUGAAGAAGCCAAGCGUUUGUGGACAACUGGAGUCAGUGAACUUAGACAAGCUUUGAACAUUCCUGAAAACGGUGUCAUGCGAAUUCUCAAAGAUUUCUACGGUUCAACAACAGCACCUCGUAACCUAUGGAAAAACGUAGAUGACUCUUUGAAACAGCUCAAUGCCACCAAGAUCAAAUGUGAUGCUUGUUUUUGGCUCUGGCGAGUUCCUGAAGAUGAACGUUUCAAGCCUGGUGAUCCCAAUUUUCGCUGGAAAACUCUUGGUUUUAUGGCAGGUCACGUUGACGAUUUUCAUCGCUCUGGUGACAUGAAGGUGCUCUACAAUGGGUUGCAGUCCAGACUCAACCGCUACUUUGUGCACGAUGCAAUCUACUCCUGUGAACUCUUGAUGCAUGCUUUUGCCUGGCGUGUGGCCCAAAACCAGGGGUAUCUGAAACCAGCAGGCUUCGUUCACGGAAUGAAGGUGAAACGUCUUUUCCGCGCCAACGGCUCACACCUGCGGCCUCAGAAUGACUGGAAAGCCAUCGUUUUUCACAAUUUCACGCGUCAUAUAGCCCCAGAGGUGAGAUCCUUCGGCAUGCGCAGCAAAUGCUUCGGCAGCCGGCCUCGCAAGAUGGAUGACUUAGACCUGUGCACCCUGCAAAAGAACAGGGGGUUGGGCAAGAUCUUCCUCGAAUGGGAUCUGCAUGGCCACGAGCUGGCCAGCGACAUGCAGCUGCCCCCGGCUGCUUUGCUUGGCCACUUCGCCAAUGUAGGAAAGACGUCCUGGGAUCACCCAGAGCAGUCCCACGGUGGUGACCUUGCACAGGUGCCUAUGGCGUCUUCAUCAGCUGGAGCUGAUGGCCCCGGUGGGUCAAUCCGCUAUUUUAGCGGCGAAUCAGAAGACGACCUGGAAUACAAGAGGUGGCGUAACUGGGUGGCGAACAAGCUGCUCACACUGGACAAGUUGCCGAAGGAAGCCUAUGGACCAUACAUCUACACCUUGCUGUCAGGCAAAGCUCUGGAGUGUGUGGAGCAUUUGGACACAGCAGAUUAUCAGAAGUCAGGGGGAGAUCAAGUACUUCUUCAACUUUUGGAUAGUCGUUUCCCUCAGAAGGAGAAGACAGAUGUCAUGGGUGAGACUCUGGGCGAAGUGUUCAAUUUGAGAUCCAAACCAAAUGAGCCGUUGAAAGCAUGGGUGGCUAGGGCCACCGAACUGUUUGACAGGUGCGAGAGGAAAUGUGGUGUAAAGUUUCCGCCAGAGGCUCGUGGAUGGAUCCUGCUUCAUCGAGCAGGCCUUACAGAAGAACAGCAAGCCGUAGUGCUGGCCAGGGCACAGGGCAAGUUGGAGCGAGAACAAAUCUCAGUGGCCAUGAGGUCAUGUUAUCCGGAGAUGAUUUGCCGUGGUACCAAGUCUACAGCUGCUCACGUGGUUGAGGAAGAUUCUGGUCUUGAUCUGGAUGAAUCGGAGGCUCCCACUUUGGAAGCCGAGUUUCCCGAUGUAGAGCUGUUGCUUUCAGAACAUCACUGUCAUGGAUUAGAUGAAAUCAACGGCAGCAGUGAUGCGUUUUUGGAAACGGACGUUGCCGAGGUUCUCCAGGUUUCCUGGCGCGAAAAACGUGCUGAGCUGUCUAAGUUACAGAAGGCUCGAAAGUUCACAGCUGCCAAGGAACUCCGCCGAAGUUUUCGAGUGGAAGUAGAAGAACUGAAACGCAAGACCAAGUGCCAUCGAUGUGGAAAGCAGGGACAUUGGUCCCGCGAAUGCAAACAGCCCAGGAAGGAUUUUCCUCAGAGGUCCGAGACCAACAAGGGUUCCGCGCCUACUUCUGGCGCCGCAGUGGUGCAAGCAGAUUCAUUAGAUUUUGUAGCUGCCGUGGAACAUGUGGUCCCACAUUCUGUAGACUGGGUUGGCCGUGAGUUGACAAUGUUGGAACAGCUGCGAGAAAUGACACAGGGUCGAACUGAGUCUCAACCGACGGUCACCGAGAAUGAGGUGCUGCUGGUAUCAUCACCCGGUUUUGGGGUGCUGGAUUCGGGAUGUGGCCGAACGAUCAUUGGAUUGGAAACACUGUCUGACUUUGAAAAGAUGCUGAACAAUCGCAAUAUGCCCAAGCCAAGUCGAAGAACAGAGUACAACAGUUUUCGUUUUGGAAAUGGUGCUACAGAGAUUUCAACUGAGGUAGCAAUGUUGCCCUGUUUCUUAGCUGGUCGAAGAGGUGUGAUUUCAGCAGCCGUAGUGCAAGGAAAAGCUCCCUUGCUCAUCUCUCGUGGAGCUCUUCAGUGCCUCAGGACAGUCCGUGUCCUGCCCAUGAGUGUCCUGAAACCCCGAAAUAUGUGUGGAUUAGAGAGGUUGCACCAACAGGUCAUGUCAUGUGUCACGACGGAAAGGACCCAUGCCAAGUCGAAGCGCAUGAUGGUGGUCGAAGUGUUCUCACCUCCGAGAUUUGCUGAAGCGUGCCAGCGUGUAGGACUCAAAGCCCGCAGCAUUGAUCUGAUCACCGGCCAGGAUCUCACAGUGCCUGCCACUUGUAGGGAAUUGGAGCAAGACCUUAAGGAUAAUCCUCCCGAGCUCUUAAUCUUGUGUCCCCCAUGCACUGAUGAAGGUGGUUGGUUUCACCUAAACAAGCAUAAAUGGCCGGUAGAAGAGUAUUUGAGACGUAUCACCCAAAGCAGGAAUUUCAUCAAGUACUGUUGUCGUCUGUUCAAAACCCAGGUGAGUCUAGGAGGUCGAGCCAUGUUUGAACAUCCGAAACCUGCCAAGACUUGGAAGUAUGAAGAGAUGCAGAACUUGUUGAGGAGAUUCCCUUCUGUUGACUGUGACAUGUGUCAAUAUGGGUUGAAAAUUCCUGAUAGUGAUCGUUUCAUCCGCAAGAGUACUCGUUUGCUCCUGAGCCAUGAAGACAUGAAAUGUCUAGGCAAGACAUGUCCUGGUUCCAGCGAUCCGUGCCAUGUGUGUCAUGAUCACGUUGCCGGCUCACAUGCCUCGAUUGGCCGAGUGAGCACGUUUGCUGGCCGAUACACGGAAUCUUUCGUGCAGGCUGUGUUGGAAACCGUUCCUGCAUACCGCAAGCAUUGUCACCAGUGUCUAGAGGUGCACGAAGAUACAGUUCCAGACCGUCUCUGGCCGGAAGUGUUGGCCGUGACUGAGAAAGUAGGCGAACAGUCUGACGAAGAACUCAAGGUUGUUUUGCUGAAGGCUCACAAGAAUCUUGGUCACCCCGCCACACAUGAUCUUGUGCGCAUACUCCAGAACGCACAAGCCAGUGACCGUGCCAUUGCGUUAGCCCGCACUCUAGAAUGCCCAGUUUGUAUCAGCCAAAGCAAGCCAAAGGCCGCUUUGCCUGCUCAGCCGCAAAGGGUCUCCGAAUUCAACAGGCAGAUUGGCAUAGAUGUGAAGCAUUUGACUGGUUGGCGUCCGAAUCAGAAGAUCAAGGCGUUGAACAUUGUUGAUACUGCGAGUGGUCUCCAACGUAUGAUUCCUUUUACCAGCCCUGAAACCAGUAAACUCCUGUGGUCACUGUUGCAGGAACAUUGGAUUAGUUGGGCAGGCCCACCCAAGGAAAUCGUGUUGGACCCAUCUGCAACGAAUUUGGGAGAACCACUUAUUGUUCCUUUAGAACAUCGUGGUAUUCAUGUUCGUCAGAUUGCCGCGGGUGCUCACUUCCAACUAGGGAAGGUAGAAUCGCAUGGAGGUUGGUUUAACCGAGUGCUGGAGAAGAUCCUGACGGAAUUUCCGCCUUCAAAUCAUGAAGAUUGGUUGGAAUGUGUUAGCCAUGCCCAUGUCAAGAACAGCAUGUUGCAACAUCAUGGAGUCACGCCACAUCAGUUUGUGUUUGGUCGUAAUCCUGAUGUUCCUGAAGAUCUUCUCAAUGAGCCCCAGCGAGUAGUCAGUGCCACUGCAGCCCUUACAGAUGAGGCCAUUGAUCGAGCCAACAAGAUCAGGCUUUCAGCAAGGGAAGCUGUCAUCCGCUUGCAAGACGAUCGGUCCCUCCGAUUGGCUCUUGCUGCACGUCCAAGGGUUGUAGAAGAAUUUAAGCCUGGAGACAUGGUGGCAUACUGGCGUAAUCAGAAGUGGGUUCAGGGUAAGCUGAUGUUAGGGGGUAAGUGGUACGGUACUGCCAUAGUGUUGGGUAAAGUAGGUCGUAACUAUGUCCUUGCCCACCGAAAGCAAGUCCUUAGAGCUGCUCCCGAACAAGUUCGUUCAGCGACCACCGAAGAGACCACUUUGCUGAAGACAAUGGAUGUUGAGUUGCUAGGAAUCAAAGAUCUCAUUGAAGGAGAUGCUUUCAAGAGCCAGCAGUUUCAUGACCUCACGUCCCAAUCGUAUCCAUCGGUGGCCAACACGAACACCGGUGAACCCACAUGCUUGGAACCAACUGAGUCUGAAAGGACUCAUGAUGCUCCUGCCGCGCGAGCCAGUUUGCACGUGCCUGACAGCCCAGUGCCACCGCUGGUUCAACAGCAACCAGCCGUGCCAGAGCCUGCAGUAGGUGAUGUCCCAACAGUGCCUGAAUCUCUCGUUCCUGAACCAGAGCGUAACAGCACUGAAUUGAGUGAUCAGGCAAGCCCUUCCAGUGAGGUGUCCUCUACUUAUGGUCCAAUGAGAAAGGUACGAGGGAAGAACGGGCCUGAUGCGUUGUGGCGUCCGCCCUCCAUGAAACAGGAGGAUUUUGUGUCCAUCAUGCAGGAAGUUGCACCGCAGCUCAUCAGUGAUCUUUUACACCAAGAGCACUCUGGAGUUGCCGACUCAAGCAUGUCAGCUAGUAGCCACUCAGGGAAACGUAAUCACGAGCAGGGUGAUUCCAGUCCAAGUGAAGAGCCUGCAACUUCCAAACAGCGCACCGCCUCUCCAAGCACAGAGACCAUGUCAGUAGAGUGGUUGGAUACAUGUGACACCGCCGAAGUCCUCAUUGCAGAAUACCUUAAACAUAAAGCUGCCAAAGAGAUACCCCAUAGUAACAAUCUACCAGAGGUGCAGAAGAAAGUUGAUCAGGGUAAGCGACUUGAAUGGGAAACAAUGGUCAACAAACCGGGGGUAGUUAAAGUUCACUAUGGUAAACAUGCUCAGAAGAUUCGUGAAGAACAAGCCCAUCGUUUCAUUGGUAGUCGUUUUGUGUUGACACGGAAAGCAAUGGAGGAAGGUCAGGUAGUCAAGCCUGACGAUCCAACCACGUACACUGUAAAGGGGCGCUGGUGUUUGCAAGGUCAUUUGGACCCAGAUCUGCAGCAGAAAGCUGAAGAAGGCAAGCUUCAGUCUCCGACUUUGAGCCAGCUUAGUCGUAUGGUGUUGAUGCAGGUCAUAGCCAGCCAUGGCUGGGAUCUUGAACUGGGAGACAUAAAGAGUGCCUUCCUUGAAGCAGGGUUGUUGGACGACAAGUACCGCCCGCUGUAUGCCAAGCAGCCACCAGGUGGUAUUCCAGGUCUCCCAGAGUCUGCAGUGAUCGAAGUGUUGGGAAACAUCUACGGACAGAACGAUGCCCCUGCAGCAUGGUUUGGAACGUUCAAACAAGCAGCCAUAGACGCUGGAUGGAUUCAGAGUAGUUUUGACAGCUGUUUGUUUACCCUUCGAUCCAAGCAGAGUAAUUCGCUGAUAGGAGUGCUGGGGGUUCAUGUCGACGACACGGCUCUUGGAGGAGCCGGGCCUGAGUUCCGUUUGGCCAUAGAGAAGCUUCGUGCACGUUUUCCAUACAGAAAAUGGCGUGUCAACAGUGGGGAGUUUUGUGGUGCCUUUUAUGAGCAAGAUCCCAAGACAAAAGUCAUCCGCAUGAGUAUGAAGAACUGCGCUGAAAAGCUUCGCCCAGCCAAUAUCAAGCGAGGUGUAUCACCAGAGACACCUCUUGAUGCUAUGCAGCAACGCACUUUGCGUGCAAUCAAUGGUUCUCUGAAUUGGCUGGCCUCGCAGUCAAGACCCGACAUCUCAGCACAAACCAGCAUCAGUCAACAAGCCUUUCCAAAUCCCAAAAUCCGACACCUUCGACAUGCCAAUAAUGUGGUCCGAAGAGCCCGCAUGCACAGUGACUUAACUAUAACUUUCACCCCCAUCAAGCCAGAAAAGCUGACUGUCGUGUGUCAUUCAGAUGCGGCCUUUGCAAAUGUUGGUGACUAUACCCAAGCUGGUCAUAUCAUUGCUUUUACCGAAACUAGUCUACAGGAUGGUCAGGUAGCUGCAUGGUGCCCCAUAACUUGGCGAAGUCACAAGCUCACGCGCGCAGUGAGUUCAACAUUGGCUGCUGAGAGCCAAUCAUUGGCCACGGCGUCUGGUACAGUGGAGUGGAUCAUGCUGCUGUUGUCAGAAGUUUUGGAUGGACCUUUCAAGUUGCGUGACUGCAGAGAGAAGCUGAGUGUUAGGAAACCUAUCCUGGUGACAGAUUGCAAGUCCCUUUACGAUCAUCUCAUGUCACCAUCGGCCCCAACUGCAAUUGAAGAUCGUAGGACUUCCAUAGACGUAGUCAUAAUCAGGGAAAGCAUUCGUUCUCUCUCAGCGUUCAUGCGUUGGGUCCCAACCGAUCGUAUGCUGGCAGAUGCUCUGACGAAGGAUCAGGGCGACCCUCUGGACAUGCUACGCUCGUGUCUAAAAAGCUCUGUGUAUCAGAUCUCACCUGAGGAUCAUGUGUUGCGAAUGCAAGCCAAAGAGAGAGAAGACCGACUCCAAAAGAGACUCAAACCAAGUUCCCCAAAUUAG